AUCAGAUCCUCUGUUCUUUUCAAACACUGAUCAGAUCUACAUUUUCUUUUUCCAUCACUUUCUCUUCAUUUUCUGUAAGUUUAUAUAUACAUUUAUGUAUGUGUGUGUGGUUUGCAUGUUCGUUUUCGUAAUAUGUUAACAAUAAUAUACAACUAACCCAUUUGCAAAAGUUGGAUGUGACGUUUUGAUUCGGUUUUUAUAUAUUUGGAUCUUUAUAAAUAUAGUUCCAAAUUUAUGUACUAAAACAGGGAAAACAAUGAAUAAUCCAAGAUCGGUUAGUCCUUUGGUUUCUCCAGCAAACCACUCAGAUCUAUUAGAAAACCAACGUCAAUCCGGUUCUGGAGAUUUCUCAAGAUUAGAGAAACGAAUCGGAGCGAGGAAGAUGAAGUUUCAUUCCAAGUCUAUGCCCCGAGGUGCCAUGUUUCUUGAUCAAGAAGCAUCUAGAAACUUCCACGACAAGAGGUAUGACCUAUUCAGGACCAUGUCCGGGAAACUCGAACGUCAGAUAUCGAAUUUACGUGGGAAACCCACUGAGAGUUCGUUGCAGGAUCAUAAAGAGAUUACUGAAUCUUUAACCGCUGAUAGAUACUUUGAUGCUCUUCAAGGCCCCGAGCUUGAAACUCUCAAGGAGAAGGAGAAGAUAGUUCUGCCUGAGGACAAAACGUGGCCGUUUCUUCUACGGUUUCCAAUCACAUCAUAUGGGAUGUGUCUUGGAGUAAGUAGUCAAGCCAUCAUGUGGAAGACCUUAGCAACCACAGAGGCAGAGAAGUUCUUGCACGUGACUCAAGUGAUCAACCACGUGCUCUGGUGGAUCUCUCUCCUUCUCCUCCUCGCCGUUUCUAUCACUUACCUCUUCAAAACCAUCCUCUUCUUUGAGGCGGUUCGCCGUGAGUUUCGGCAUCCGAUCCGAGUCAACUUCUUCUUCGCUCCUCUUAUAUCAAUCCUCUUCUUGGCACUUGGAAUCCCACACUCUAUCAUCUCACAUCUUCCCUCUACACUUUGGUACUUCCUUAUGGCUCCCAUCUUGUUUCUUGAGAUGAAGAUUUACGGACAGUGGAUGUCUGGUGGACAAAGACGCCUCUCCAAAGUCGCCAACCCUACAAACCACCUUUCCAUUGUCGGUAACUUUGCAGGAGCACUUCUAGGAGCAUCCAUGGGGUUGAAAGAAGGACCAAUAUUCUUCUUUGCCAUAGGGUUGGCUUAUUAUUUGGUUUUAUUUGUGACUCUCUAUCAGAGACUUCCCACGAAUGAAACCUUACCUAAAGAGCUUCACCCUGUUUUCUUCCUCUUUGUGGCUGCACCAGCCGUCGCUUCCAUGGCCUGGACCAAGAUCUCUGCCUCUUUCGAUCUCGGUUCGCGUCUAGCAUACUUCAUCUCCUUGUUCUUGUACUUCUCUCUGGUAGUUUUUGUUUUCAUUAACAGAGUUCUAGUGAGCUAGUGCUGAGUUUCUUGUGGUACAAGAAAUGUAACAGCUUUACUUCUUGUGAUUCUUGUUUCAGGUUUGUCGGAUUAACCUUUUCCGGGGAUUCAAAUUCUCGCUAGCUUGGUGGGCUUACACGUUUCCAAUGACGGCAGUGGCCAGUGCGACGAUCAAAUAUUCAGACGAAGUCACGGGAGUGGCAACGAAGAUACUAUCGGUUGUGAUGUCGGGAGCAGCAACUCUGACGGUGAUAGCUGUGCUUGGGUUGACGGUGAUGCAUGCUUUUGUCCAACGUGAUCUCUUCCCCAAUGACGUUGUCAUUGCCAUAAGUGCAGAACAACCGAAGCAGAAGAGAUGGUUCAAACAUCUCACAAAAGAAAGUUAUGGAAAUAAUGAGAGAUGUCCCAAGAUUUUGGAUCCGGAAGAUAAUCAAAUAGAUUUAGAAUCUCCUCCUUUAGUAAAUGUAGAUAGUUCCACGGUUCAGAAUUCAAAUUAACAAAAAAAAAAAAUGUGAUGAAAAUUCAUGAUCUUUGUUAAUUAACUUCUCAUGUACAACACUAUAGCAGUGCUAAUAAUAAUAAAUUAGCGAAAA